UAAAGAUCGGUUAGUUUUGUGGAGGAAACGUUCAAGUUUGCACGCACAAUGAUGCGCUGGAUCGUUGUCUUUCAAGUGUUGUGUUGCUGUUGCUGGCUAGUGUGCGGUACUCUGGAUCCUCGUGUUCUUAACAGCCUCACGGAGAUGAUAGACGAAAUGAACGAAAUCGAUUAUGGAAACCCUCAGCUAAGAAAAGUGUACGAUUACGUGAUCGUUGGUGCCGGACCGGCUGGCUGUGUGCUGGCGAAUCGUCUGUCUGAGGAUCCUUCCGUGUCGGUGUUGAUUCUAGAGCUGGGUCGUGGCGAACGACCAGCCUUUGCUGAGCCGCCCAUGCUUGGCCCAAUGCUGAUGGGGUCUGACUACAGUUUCGGGUACGAGACGGAGCGCCAGAAGUACGGUUGCCUCGGGUUAACCGAUCGUAAGUGCAGCUGGACGCAUGGGCGAGGUGUUGGUGGCUCGUCGAUAAUUAACAACAUCAUCUACACGCGUGGCAACAGGCGCGACUUUGACAAUUGGGCCCGUGCCGGUAUGGAGGGUUGGAGUUGGAAGGAUGUAUUGCCGUACUACAAAAAGAUUGAGCAUGCCAAUGUGAAGGAUUUUGAUGAGAAUGGAGCCCACGGGAAGAGUGGCCGAGUGUCGGUGGAGGACUGUCCGUUCAGGUCGGAAGUGGCCAAGGCGUUCGUGGCGAGUGCGGCACAAUCUGGUUAUCCGUACCUGGACUACAAUGCUGGAGACAAUCUAGGCGUUUCGUUUCUGCAGGCACACUCGAAGAGAGGUCAUCGGGUGACGGCUGGAACGGCCUAUCUGAAGGAUGUGCGUCAUCGACCGAAUCUGCAUAUAUCCACGCGAUCGUGGGCAACGCAGAUACUCUUCAAAGAAGACAGCAAGGAAGCUACGGGAGUCCGAUUUACCAAGAACAAACGCUAUCACACGGUGCGUGCUAGACGGGAAGUGAUCCUCUCCGCUGGAGCGUUCGAGACACCGAAGCUUCUCAUGAACUCAGGAAUCGGCCCCGCGGCUCACCUGCAACAGCACGGAAUACGCGUUCUUCAAGAUCUUCCCGUUGGACGGCGAGUGUACGAGCAUGGUGGAGCAUUUGGACCUAUCUUCACAAUGCGCAACGGAUCCCCUGCGGAACAGAACCUGCUCAGUCUAGAACAGGUUCUUACGCUGGAUGAAAUUCUACGCUUUCGCAACGGGACUGGUCCACUAACUUCAAAUUCAAUCGAAAGCCUACUGUACGUGAAGUCCCCUUUCGCCAGCGACCCCGACCCAGACCUACCCGACGUUGAGGUCAUGCAAUCGUUUGUCUCCAUGAGCUUUGAUUCUUCGAUCUCGACGAGUAUUGUGUACCGGUUACCGGAAGCGCUUAAGCGUGACUACUACGGACCGUUGAUGGGUGUGCGGAACUUUAUGUUCUUACCAAUGCUUAUGAAAACGCACACCGUUGGUAGAGUGGAACUGAAAUCACGUAACCCAUUCCAUCAUCCCGUGUUCCAUUAUCAAUACUUUGAGGAUGAGCGCGAUGUUGAAGCGCUUGUGUACUCGAUCAGGGAAGUGUUGAGGAUUGCUGAGGCGGAACCUUUACAGCGGCUGGGCAUUGAGCUUUAUAACCGGCCUGUUCCGGGGUGUGAGGGUUUUGUUUUUAAUUCGGAUGACUACUGGCGGUGUCAUGUGCGUACGCAGACGACGACGUUUCAGCAUCAAGUGUCGACAUGUCGGAUGGGCCCAGUUGGUGAUCCUGAUGCGGUGGUUGAUCCUCGGCUGCGUGUUCGUGGAAUUGGUCGGCUGAGGGUGGCUGAUGUGAGCAUUAUUCCAGAGCCACCGUCCGCACAUACGUGUGCCAUGAGCUAUCUGAUUGGGGAGAAGGCAGCUGAUAUGAUCAAGGAGGAUAAUCAAUGACAUAAUGGGGAGAAGAUGUCUAUGGGUAAUUUAAGAUGCAACUAACUAGCUAAAUAAUAAACUCAAGCAGCUGUCGAAAAACUAGUUGGUAUACUUUCAACAACCUAAAUCGAGCAAUAAAAUAACUGUAAAACAUUAUGACUUUAAGUCAAAUUAUGUAAAGGUAAUUGCAAUAAUAGCUAAUUUUCAGCACUCAAAUCAAUGUGAACGCAAUAUAUUCUAAUCUAUUGUAUUUUUUCAUUUUGAUACAUUAGAUUUCUUUUUGAAUGAUGAAUCUUCAUAGUAUUCCAAAGUUUUUCUGUAGAGCUGCUUAUUGUAAAAAAACAAACUCUUGGAAUCAGGAGGAUCACUAAGCUGACUUUGAAUUACCAUUAUUGGACAACGAGAUGAAUACAAUACUAAGCUUAUAC